CUCUUUGACAUCUUUUAAAAUCCAAAUGCCAUCCUUGGACGUUUUUAAAAUUUUAUUUAAUUAAAAGAAAACUGUUUUAUUCCAGUGAUAUAUAGAAGUCUCUUCCAAAUAGGCGUAUUUGUGAGCAGGAAGAAUUCGAAAGUUUUAAGAAGUUUAAUUUUUUUUAAGCGGGACGGCUCGGGCGAUAAAAAAAGUUUUCUUUAAUCACCCUUUAUUCAAAAUUAGUUUUGAAAAUUGUAUUUACACACGCGUUAUUAAAAUUCUGUUCAUUUCCUCCUACAAUCCUAAUACUUCUACUGACGUAAAUCUUGACUUAUGUUUUUAUUUAAAGAUUGUAUGAUAUUUUGCCAUUGUUGUGCAAGACAACAGUUGUUGUAUUCGGAUAAAACACGUCUGACAUCUUAUUAAUUCGCCUUAAAAUGAUUGAUGGAGUUGUCGCAAAUUAUGACAGCACGCCAUUUCAAGUCAAUAAAAUGUACGGCAUUUUGUCGUGUUUUGUGUGGGUUAGCAUCUGAGUAAACACAAAAGGCGCGAACCGUGUGUCAAUGCGUAAUGUGAUCCAUAUCACCGUAUCACCGGAUCCAAAAUUCAUCACGAUAAAAUCAUUUCGAAACCAACUGAUAUAACAAGACUUGAACACUUCUAAAUUUCUAAACCUGUCUAGUUUCUGAUGUCUUUUGUUUCCGUUUAAUUUCGUGUUUUUGUUUGAAGGUGAGUAGAGCCGAGACCCCUCCCACAGUACAGAGAGUCAGUGGUGUUAUUUGUUUUUCACCUGUCUGCAGAGAGAACACAAUACACGCCACCUCAGCGGCUUGACCAAGUUUUUUCGUCUUCCGUCGAAAGUUGGGCCUCUUUAAAUCCACUUAACUCUCACACGCGAAGUGUUUAAUGUGUUCAACUUUCAGUUGAAUAAAUUAGAAUCUCGACGUGGUUUAUAAGUAAGAUUUGCAGCGGUAUUCUUAUCAGCAACAUUAAAGUUUCUAACUACGAAGAUCUCCUUUGGCGGCGUGGUGUCGUCUUAGACAAAUACUCAUUGGAUUUUCAUCAGAAAAAGCCAUGUCGAUGACUCGUGAUAACAUUACAUCGACGGUUGUAAGUCAACUCGAGCUGUGUCGACAACCGACAUUCAAACCAUUUAUCGCCCAGUUAUGCUUUCUCAUCAUCAUCGCCAUCACCACACUUUUGGGAAACCUUUCAGUGUGUUUGACGGUAUUGUUCAACAGCAGUCUUCACACUUUGACCAGCUAUCUCGUCGCUUCAUUGGCCUGUUCGGACUUAAUGGUGGCGACGUUCUCGCUGCCCUUUCGCAUCCAUCAGACAUUACAUAACACUAACUGGUGCCUCAGUGAAGACGCGUGUUUGUUCUGGAUAUGGGCUGAUCUAUUCUGUUGUUGCGCCUCCAUCGGAAACUUAGCAUUAAUCAGUAUCGAUAGAUUUUUGGCCACCAAGUAUCCACUAAGAUAUUACCAAAUCGUCACAAGGAAGACAUCGUGGCUAAUGUUAUCUUCUGUGUGGAUUUACUCGCUGAUUGUGGCAUCAUCUGGCUUGACCAAUUGGACCUUUCCGACUGGAAAGCUUGUGGGAAUCGAUAACGGAUGCUACAAGCCUGAUCCUUACUUUUACAGUUUCGCUGCAAUUAUGGGUUUUUUUUUCCCUCUCGUGGUAAUUAUUUGCGCGUAUUGUUACAUUUUCAAGAUCGCCAUGGAACAUUUCCGCGCUAUUUCAAGAUUAACAACACCUAUUCAACCUAGCGCAUGUCAAGGCAGUGAAAAUCAAACUUUGUACAAGCAACAACUAAAAGCCACUAAAACACUGGCCAUAGUGGUCGGCGCUUUUGUCAUUUGCUGGUUGCCAACUUUCGUUAUCCUAUUGGUGAAAACCUGGUGCCAAACGUGCUUGAAUAGUCAUGAUAACCCUGAAUUAAGCGGUCUGUUUUACUUCAUUAAUAUCGCUUUCGUGUACACGUUACCGAACAUUAACUCAGCCAUUAAUCCCUUCAUCUAUGUUGUUUUUAGCAAGGAUUUGAGGCAGGCGUUUAUCAAGACUUUUAAAUCUCUAUAUCAAGACUUUUAUGAUAUCAGUACGAGAAGACAGUCAGAUAUUACUAGUUUUUCGUAAAAUUCAUACGAACAACUUCCAAGUUGUUUUUGUAACAUGACUGUAGUUUGUUUGAAUAUCAGUGUUAGAGUGAGUUGCCACGGGUGGCAAAUGCUACUAUGUCUAAUUCCUAUCAGCACCGAUAAUUAUUAUUGUAUGUUUAUUGUAAACAGGAACUUUUCCUUGAUCGAAAUUUAUUUAUACAUUUUUGCCGCUCUCUUUAUUUAAGUAAAUUAUCUAACCGCUUAUGAAACAACGCAACAAAUUUAUGCACAUUACUUAAUUCAACAAACUGUAUCUAGAAAAAACAUGACAAAUAAAAUAAAUUUUACGCCAAGUGAUUGCAAAUGGAAUAAACUAUUUUUGAAAAGCAUUGGGUGAGCUAUGUUGAGUGUGAAGUUCACUUCCUUCUAUAGCGGACACGAUGCACUUCAGUCGGUCAUAAGCCAAAUCUCUCUUCCUCAUGGUUGGAUUUAAA